AUGACCAAAUACGUCACAGUUGCGUUAAUAGUUUGCGCGUGCGCAGUGAUGACGGCUGCUCAGUACAAUCACUUCGGUUUCUCAGACGGCUACCUUGCUACCAACUUUGGACCCCCAAGCUUUAACGUUUUAUCGGCAGCCUCUGCUAGAGAUCCUAGAGCCAAUAGAGGUCCGGUAGUGUUCCCACCAUCGCCACCCGGCAGCCCAGACCAGACCAGCGGUGUGAUUGUUGGUGCGUCAGGCUACGGCUUCCAACCCCCAGGCUCGCAAGGCCCGAUUGUCCCAAGAUACUUCUACAGAGGUUUCUACCGGAGAAGA